AUGUCGAAUUACUCCGAGUUGUAUACCAAACCUGUCCAACUUGCCCACAUAUGUCCGGAUGGACAUGCCAGCUUCCUCGCCGAACUGAGUCCGGAUGCUCCACCCAGUAGACCUAAAACGGACACUGAGCGUCCGUGUCUGGACUUGCAGUUCAGCUAUACAGGAGUGCUCCCUGGUAUAGCCUCCGUGCUCUUUUAUGCCAUACCAAAUGGUGGGCCUGUCGCUAUGGUUUGGGGGUGGGCAGUUGCUGGCCCUUUUAUCAUGUGCAUCGGGCUGGCAAUGGCGGAACUCGCGUCAGCUGCACCUACUUCUGGAGGUCUAUAUUAUUGGACUUAUUCACUUGCCUCUCCACGGUGCCGGAAUUUUCUGUCGUGGAUAGUUGGUUAUUCGAAUACCAUACAGACUAUCACAGGAGUCGCUUCUGUAAACUGGGCUUGCGCAAUUCAAAUCGCAGCAGCGAUCAGUAUUGCCUCAGACCAGGCAUAUGUGACUACCAACGAGCAGCUUUACGGUAUAUACGCAGCUUUGGCCUUGUCACAUGCCUUCCUCACUACAGAGACUAUACACGUUUGUGAAUUUGUGCCUCUGCUUCAUAGUCAUUAUUGCACUUCCGAUCGCAACCCCACCCGAAUACCGAAACAGUGCAAGUUUUGCGCUAGGAGCUUCAUAAACUUGGCCGGCUGGCCAUCUGGAUUUGCAUUUAUCUUGAGCUUCAUGGCUCCUCUCUAUUCGAUAGGGGGUUAUGAUGCCAGCGUCCAUAUGAGUGAGGAGGCUUCAAAUGCUGCUACUGCGAUACCAUUGGCAAUCACUAGUUCUAUCGCUAUGUCGGUCGUCCUUGGUUGGGGAAUCAAUGUCUCCCUUGCCUUUUGCAUGGGUACUGACCUCGAAAGCGUCCUAAAUAGCCCUAUCGGCCAGCCUAUGGCGCAAAUCUUGUACACUUCACUUGGGCAGAGGGGGGCCUUGGCUCUGUGGUGUCUCAUUAUCUCAACGCUGUAUAUAGUGACAUCGAACUCCCUCCUAGUCGGCUCUCGCCAGACAUUUGCAUUUGCUCGUGAUGGAGCCCUCCCAUUCUCACGAUAUUUGUACCGAAUCAAUGGCUACACGAAAACACCUGUCAAUACGGUUUGGUUCGAUACCGUCUUUGUUCUGGUGGUUGGACUUCUUGCGUUCGUGAGCACCGAGGCUAUCAAUGCGGUGUUCACUAUUGGUCUCACUGCGUCGUAUGUCUCUUACAUAACGCCGAUCACAACUCGCUUUGCGUUCAAGAACGAUUUUAAACCGGGCCCAUUUCAUCUUGGGAAACUGAGCUUUCCGGUCGCUGCGAUAGCUGUAUCGUCGAUGGUCUUCAUGAUCAUCGUUUUCUUCUUUCCUUCGACCCCGCAGACGACUGCACAAGAGAUGAACUAUACAGUUGUGGUCCUUGGAGGGUACAUGACCCUUGCGAUUUUCUGGUAUUAUUGUCCGGUGUAUGGAGGCGUCCAUUGGUUCAAUGGACCCAUAGCCAACCUCACACCGUCUAUGGAAGGUGGACUCAGAGACGGGAACUCCGUGUCGGAGAAGGAACAACGUGAUGCAGAACUCUCUGUUUCAGUGGUAGACGUAUGA